AUGAUCUGGAGUGUGAGAAAUAUGGCCCAUGUGGACUUUGAGGCUUUAAGAGGCACUCAAACGGUAUACAAGCCGGGAAAGAACGACUCCGAGUUCUUCAAAAGUUCGAGACAGGCUCAACUUGAUAGGAACUGGGAAAACCUAAAUGUCAAAGCUCAAGCUGACCAAGUAUUCGAAAUCCUUGGUACAGAUGUGUUGCAUGCGAACAGCAGUGCCCCGAACGGAGUGAGCAACGCACAGGCGGCUGCUCGAACGACAUCUUCACGACCGGCUUUUAGUUGCUGGUGUUGCGGAGAUACUGGCCAUGGAGUCACCUGUUGUCCCAAACGUUCCACACGCCCGCAAGCGGAAUGGAGCGACCCAGGACGAUACAGCGACGCCUCCACUACUACUACUACUACUACAAGACGAGCGGGGAGAGCCAAUCUCCAAGUCCCUGCGACUGCAUCUGCAGCGCAGUCGGAUGUCGCGUCUAGCGUCACUGGAACGCAAUCAACUGGUCAACAACAUCGAAGCAAUAUGCAACGAGCUGUUGUUGACAGGAGUGGAAAUAGCACUUCUGGUGCUACGGAUGUACCCGGUUCUUAUGUGGUACAAGGCAGGUCUGUCGAUGAUGGACAAUCUAAUGGUAGGAUUACAGGAUGGAACCUCGCACAAGUACGUGUAAGACCAAUUCUGAAGAAGAAAGCAGUCUCCACUGAAGACAGGGGAGAGUUGCUAAUGAAGAAAUGGCAAGCACAACUAGAAGCUGCCAGUACUUUCAAGGACGAUGACAGCAUGGUCAGCGAUGGAAGCUUGAACACGCAGAUUUACAAGUCGACCUCGAAGAUGGAUUCAUUGAAGCACUGUUCUCAAUGGACCAAAGACAACAAGAAACCUUUCAAAUCUAAUGGAAGUAAGCACUGGGAUAUCGAUCUUGGUGUACAUCUUGAUUCUGGAUCUACGUUCAGCCUACAAAUGAACAAAGAUUACGCCAAACCGGGCAAUGUGUCUGACCUGGAUUACAUGUUCAACUACGGUACGAACACUGGCCAACGUGACCUGCAUCAACAGGUCGAAUCAAGUAUUAUCGAAGGACACACUUGCUUGCUAGAUACUGAAGCGCAAUGUAACCUUGAUAGUUUAUCCGAGCUUGUGAAGCUUGGAUUCCGUGUCGUUAUGGACACUGACAUUGAAAACUCCUUCAUCGUUACGAAGGGGGAACAGAGAAUGAGGUAUGUGCAUUGA